CGGACGGCUGCAGCCCGCGGCCGCGAGCGGGUCCCGAGCGCGUCUGGCGGUCGCCCCGUCGCUGAGCCCCGACUCGGGGCGGCAUGAGCCCCCGGCCGCAGCCCUAGCGCCCGCUCCUCCGCCCCGGGGCGGCCCGGCUGCGGUGACGGGCGCUCGCUGCAGGGGUGGGGGCCAUGAAGCCGAGUGCGGCCGGGACGGCGAGGGAGCUGGAGCCGCAGGCGCCGGCCCGUGGUGAGCAGCGCGCGGCGGAGCCCGAGGGGCGCUGGCGGGAGAAGGGCGAGGCGGACACGGAGCGGCAGCGCACCCGGGAACGGCAGGAGGCCACGCUGGCCGGGCUGGCGGAGCUGGAGUACCUGCGCCAGCGCCAGGAGCUGCUGGUCCGGGGCGCCCUGCGCGGCGCCGGGGGCGCGGGAAGCGCGGCGCCCCGCGCCGGGGAGCUGCCGGGGGAGGCGGCGCAACGCAGCCGCCUGGAGGAGAAGUUCUUGGAAGAGAAUAUCUUGCUGCUGCGGAAGCAGUUGAAUUGUUUGAGGAGAAGAGAUGCUGGUUUGCUGAAUCAGUUGCAGGAACUAGACAAGCAGAUAAGUGACCUGAGACUGGAUGUAGAAAAGACGUCUGAAGAGCACCUGGAGACAGACAGUCGGCCCAGCUCCGGGUUUUAUGAGCUGAGUGAUGGGGCUUCAGGAUCCCUUUCCAAUUCCUCUAACUCGGUCUUCAGUGAGUGUUUAUCCAGUUGUCAUUCCAGCUCCUGCUUUUGCAGCCCCUUGGAGGCAACCUUGACUAUCUCAGAUGGUUGCCCCAAAUCUGCAGAUGUGCAUCCCAAGUACCAGUGUGAUCUGGUGUCUAAAAACGGGAAUGAUGUGUAUCGCUACCCCAGUCCUCUUCACGCCGUGGCCGUGCAGAGCCCCAUGUUUCUCCUCUGCCUGACGGGCAACCCUCUGAGGGAAGAGGAGAGGCUUGGCAACCAUGCCGGUGACAUGUGUGAUGGAUCUGAGCUGGACGCCAUCAAGACAGACCCUUCCUUGCCGUCUCCAAGCAGUUUGUGGUCUGCUCCCCAUCCUUCGUCCAGUAAGAAGAUGGAUGGCUACAUUCUGAGCCUGGUCCAGAAAAAAACACACCCCGUAAGGACCAACAAACCAAGAACCAGUGUGAACGCCGACCCCACGAAGGGGCUUCUGAGGAACGGGAGCGUUUGUGUCAGAGCGACGGGGGGCGUCUCGCAGGGCAGCAGCGGGAACCUUAAGAAUCCUAAACAGGUGCUUUUGGCCCCUGGCGGAAUGCCCUCUUUGGACAGUGGGACAUUCUCCCCACCGAAGCAGUGGUCGAAAGAAUCAAAGGCAGAACAGAUGGAAAGCAAGAGGUCGGCCCCGCCCGAGGGCGCCGCCACUGACCUUCCGAGUAAGCAGGUGCCCAAGAACGCCAGGCCAGCUUCGCAGGAACACGCCCGGGGCCCCACCGCUGGGACCGGGGAGCCCCCCAGAGACAGCAUUCCGGUCCUCGCCGCCCCGCCGAAGGAGAGCCCCGGGAGGGGCCCGGCCCCGCCGCAGGAGAACAAAGCCGGGCAGCUGCUGAAAAAGCUGCCCCAGAAAGGCGGCCUGCAGCCUGCGCCUCCGGCAGCGCCCCCUGCGGCCCCCGCCGCGCUGCUGGCUGCGGCCUUCGCGGGGGAGGAGCGGCCCGCGCUCGAUUUCAAGAGCGAGGGCUCCUCCUCGCAGAGCCUGGAGGAGGCGCCCCCGGGGAAGGCGCCGUCGGGCCCGGGCCCGCAGCCGAGCGGCCGGCCCCACCGCGGCGCCCGGACGGCGGCCGGCCCGCGGGGCUGCGGCGCGAAGCACCGGGCCCAGGCUCUCCACGGGCCGGACGGCGUGCUGCCUCCCGUGAGGGAGAAGAGCCGCGCGGCCGGCAAGAAGUGCCGGUUCCCCGACGACGUGGAUACAAAUAAGAAACUCAGGAAGGCCUCGUCGCGCGGCCGGAAGGGCGGGGGCGGCCAGCCCGAGGCGGGUCUCCCCAGCCGGCCGCCGGGUGGGGGCCACAGGGCCGGGUGCCGGGCGCACGGCCACGGCCGGGAGGCGUUGGUGGCCAAGCCCAAGCACAAGCGAACCGACUCGCGGCGCUGGCGCUCGGCCGCCGAGGUUUCGCUGGAAGAGGCCCUGCGGCGGUCGCGGCGCGGCCGGCGCGAGCACGUGGGGCUGUACCCCGCCGCCGUGCCGCUGCCCUACGCCAGCCCCUACGCCUACGUGGCCAGCGACUCGGAGUACUCGGCCGAGUGCGAGUCGCUCUUCCACUCCACCGUGCUGGACACCAGCGAGGACGAGCGCAGCAACUACACCACCAACUGCUUCGGGGACAGCGAGUCCAGCGUGAGCGAGGGGGAGUUCGCGGGCGACAGCACCAGCUCCAGUGACUCCGAGGAGAGCGGCGGCCUGAUCUGGUCCCAGUUUGUGCAGACUCUCCCCAUCCAGGCGGUCGCGGGCCCAGACCUCCACAGCAACCCCACGAAAACCUUUGUCAAAAUCAAGGCUUCGCAUAACCUCAAGAAGAAAAUCCUCCGCUUUCGGUCCGGCUCCCUGAAACUGAUGACGACCGUUUAAGGAACAUCCUUGGCGGGGAGAAUGGGCUGUUGUCUAGUUACCCAGGAAAAAAAGGUGGCGGCUGAUUGUUUCUGUGUGACAGUUUCAUGGAAUGCUUUUCCUUUUGUUGAGGUAAAUUAUGUCUCGUCUUCAUCGUGUAGGGACACUAGUGCCUUUAAUGGAAGGUAAAGAAUGUUUUGCUGGUUAGCAGUAAAUACUGAGUUUUACUGGUGGUAGUAGUGAACGAGUUUUGUGGUAUCAGGUGAUUUUUAUUUGAAAUUCUCUGAGCAUCUGUGAAGGCACAGGUUUCGAUGUUCAGGUCGUAACUGGGGUGAGAUUCAGAUGACUUUUGACCCUGAAGGUCAGGUGGAUGGGAUUUAGGACAUACAUUUGGUUCUUGGUCCUUUAGGACAGGGUCUCCACGAGGGUUUUCCCGGUUGAGGGGCAUCGCAUACGAUUGUGUGAAGUAGGUACGACGGCCGGUCAUGGUUUUCUGUAAUUUUUUAUAUCGUCUUCCUUUCUUGGCUGUAACCCCAUUCCGUUUUCUUCCCGGAACUGUUUGGUUUACUGGACUCAGAACUUGAAGACCAGACCCGAGAUCCAGAGCAGGUGACCUGGAUAAGGGAGGCUGGUAAUAACCUUCAAAGGAUUCACUAAAACUUUUGCCACACUUGGUGCCUAGGCCCUGGUUACGGUAACCCUUUUAUAAAGGGCCGAUUAGUCAACAUUUUGAUGCCUUUCUCCUCUUCUCUCAUUUGCAGCAGAUCCAGCCAUUUCUUCCUGGAAAGUCUUGCCUUUGGGAUAACAUUUUGGUCCUUGGGUACUGAGAAAUUCACUUCUAAUGAAAUAAACUUUGAGUGGGACUUCAAGCCCAGAAUUGCUCACUGAGCACUGUGCCGCCUAAGCAUUGGCCCAAACAUAUUAGUGCAAUCCAGUCCAGAUUGGACCACUGACCCUGUCUGGAAGGGCUUUUUAAAAAAAAAAAAAAAUUCUUUUUGG